CGGCUAUUGGGUAUCACAAUGAAUGAAAGUAAUACAGUAGUUUGUUAAAAUCGUGAUGAUGUUGAGAAAUCGAGAUUGCCGCUUUAAACUUGACUUUAACGUUUCCGGAAAAUGUCGAUGUAUAAAUAUAUCACUCCGCGUUGUAAUUACGCUCCAUCCUGGUUCUCUGUCAUCCUGGUUCUUUAGAAACUACCCGGACGAAAACAUUAAACAAGAAAGAUAACAUGGAUGAUGAGGGCACCAUUACUAAAGAUGAAAACUCCUCCACAAAGGACAGUGAAACUGUGAUUGCCCCAAUAAAAGAUGACGUGGAAAAAUCUGAACCAGAGCUAACAGAUGAGACCAGUUUGAAGGAAGACACGAAGCCAACACUGAUUGACUUGCCGACAACUUGCAUCCCUCAUCAGUUCAUUAUUCUUCCCCAGAGUACCGGGAACAAUACCCACAUAACAGUUCCCUUCUCACUGGAUGGAGGACAGACGAGUGUAGCCGACUGCUCGGAACCCAUGUCCAAGCUGAUCCGUCUGGAAGGAGAGGACGGGCAGACAUACGUCUUGGCUGUGUCAGGUGAUGGAAGUGGGGAACUAAGCAUGAAAGCUGAGGUGGACAUUACUCAGUAUUUACAGGCUGGAGGGUUACAUAAGCGACCGGCGACAACUAGUGGCAGUAGCAAGAAGUCAUCAUCCAAUGAUGAUUUCACACAGGCCUGGUUUACCACGCGAGAUGACAAAGCUACUUUUCAGAGUAAAGGUCACAGAUGGCGACAAGGUCAGUGGACAAAGGAGGAGACGGAGUUACUUCAAUCAAAUAUCAAUGCUUACUGCAAGGAAAAUGAUAUCUUAGACCCAACAGAAAUAAUCUUUGAAAUGUCAAAAGACGAGAGAAAAGACUUCUACCGGUCCAUUGCCCGUGGUUUGCAGCGCCCCCUGUUCUCUGUGUAUCGCCGAGUAACCAGGCUGUAUGACCAGAAAAACCACAUGGGAAAAUACACACUUGAGGAGAUGGACAAACUGAGGGAACUACGGUCUAAGCAUGGCAAUGACUGGGCAGCUAUUGGUGCAGUUCUGGGUCGCAGUGCUUCCUCUGUGAAAGACAAGUGUCGCUUGAUGAAAGACUCUUGUAACUCAGGGAAAUGGCUGACAGAGGAAGAACAGCGAUUGUCUGGAGCUGUGUAUGAACUUGCUGGAGUUCAGUCAGGUGAGAAUAUCACUCAUGGUCUUUCGUGGGCAGCUGUGGCUGAGAGGGUUGGAACGAGGUCUGAGAAACAGUGUCGGACAAAGUGGCUGAAUUAUCUCAACUGGAAACAGCAGGGUGGUUCCGAGUGGUUACGCCAGGAUGACAUCAAUCUAGUCUUAAAAAUAGCCAACUUGGAUGUGAUGGAGGAUACCGAGAUUGACUGGAAUGAGUUGUCUCAAGACUGGCCCAGUGUUCGGUCUCCACAAUGGUUGCGAGGCAAGUGGUGGUCACUGAAGCGACAUGUUCCAGAUUACCAGACUCUUCCCUUUGAAGAAAUCAUCAACUACUUGAAAAAUAUCCCUUAUUACACGUCAUAUCAAAAGGCUCGAGUGCUUGGGUCAAGUGUGAGGGGAUCGACGUCUGACCUAGAUAUGCAGAUUCUCCCACAUGGUGUGUCCAUGGAGACUGGCGAAGAUGUAGACGGUUUCCAGGCGUACGAAGUGCUACAUCACCUCACUCCAACAAGCACAGGAGCCUUGCUUAUUGCACAAUCCCAAAACAGUCCCACCAUAUCAUUAAGUGGUGCUGCCAUGGCAACAGAUCACAUUAUAGUGCAGACAUUACCUAUCUCUCAGACGGAGGACUCAAUUGAGGUGAAUGAGAACGUGAUGGUUCAGCUGAACAACCAACCCCAGGUGAUCAUCACGACAUCGGCAGACGAAUCCUCACUCGAUGGAUCAGGACUUGGAACGUCCUUACACCUCAAUGAUGGGCUGGAGAACUCUGACCAAGAGCUGCACUCUCUUGGCUCCCACUCAGACCAGCUCGCAGUGGACAGCUGCGGACUGCUGCAUGAACACCGGCACGAGGAAAUCAUAGAACAUUUUGAGCCAGUGUCCGAUUCCGUGCUAAGUGCAGAUGUGGAUCAUCCCCAGACGUCGGGUAUUGUGAUUGGAUCAUCAUCGCCAUCCCCACAUUUCUCACAGCCCAACAGCAAUGAUGGGGUUCUUGUCAUGGCGUGCUCGGCUUCCCCAUCACACUUCUCACAGUCCAACAGCAACGAUGAGGUCCUUGUGAGGGCGUCGUCAACAUCCCCUCCACAUUUUUCACAAUCCAACAGUAACGAUGGGGAACUUAUGAGUGCUUUUUCAGAUCCUAUACUUACUUCUGAGGGUGGAGACUUGAUGUGUUCUGUGUCAGACAGCGAAAUGGAGAAAAACUAAUCUACUUUUCACUAUGAUAAUGUGCAAUAACUCUUUGCUUAGUAGUGUUGCUUGUCGCUUGUCGCUGAUACUUUGCCAGUUUCAAUUUAUGGCAUGGAUGUGUACAUUGUUCCGGCUAAUUUGCAGUUUGCAAGGUCAUAGUCUAAAAUAACUAGGGUGGGGGGAAAGAGUAUAAAAGAGAAACCAAAUCCUAUCAGGUAACAGUAAUAGUCUUCUCUAGCUAGAGAUAAAGGGUAUUUAUUGUG